AGCGGCCGGCAGGACCCUGGAAACGACCAGGGCUGUCUUGGAAUAGCCCGAGCAGCCUUCUGAGUCGAGCCUCUGCCCCUGAGUUUCUGAGUGACCUGGGUUGAUAUGGUUCGACCCUGGUAAUCUCUGGGAGAGCGAAGUCAGUUCUGCUUGGGGGCAGCACUGGUGGGCAGCGAGAGUCACAAGACAGCAAACUGAUGGAGCACUACCGGAAAGCUGGCUCUGUGGAACUCCCAGCACCGUCCCCAAUGCCCCAGCUACCUCCUGAUACCCUUGAGAUGCGGGUCCGAGAUGGCAGCAAAAUUCGCAACCUGCUGGGGCUGGCGCUGGGUCGGUUGGAGGGCGGCAGUGCGCGGCAUGUGGUGUUCUCAGGUUCCGGCAGGGCUGCAGGAAAAGCUGUCAGCUGUGCUGAGAUUGUGAAGCGGCGGGUCCCAGGCCUACACCAGCUCACCAAGCUACGUUUUCUGCAGACCGAGGACAGCUGGGUCCCAACCUCACCUGACACAGGGCUAGACCCCCUCACAGUGCGCCGCCAUGUGCCUGCAGUGUGGGUACUGCUCAGCAGGGACCCCUUGGACCCCAAUGAGUGUGGCUACCAACCCCCAGGAGCACCCCCUGGCCUGGGUUCCAUGCCCAGCUCCAGCUCUGGCCCUCGUACCCGAAGAAGGACUUGAGAUACCCGAUCCUGAAGACCUGCUCAGCCAGGCUGUUCUCCAGGCCUGAAUGUCUGAGAUGUGUCUUUUCUGAAAAACCCUGUGACUGCUAGACAUCCCCAUCAAGGCUCAGAUCCACAGAGGUGGGCCCCCUUGUCCUGCUUCCCCUUCUCUCUGGUAUGUGGGAAGGGACUGCUGUGAAGAGUGACAGGUGUGGAGCCUCUGCCAAGUUCUGCAUUGCUAAAGAAGGGUUUACUCUGUCUUCUACCUACAGUGCAUCUGAACUGCCUUCUGACAGAGGUCCAGGGAGGGAUUUAGAAAAUAAAGUUUCUACCUAUUUGA